UACUUCUAAAUAAAAGUAUCGAUACCUGCAUGGUAUCGUUUCAUCCCUAGUUAUAUUUGUAAAUUCCGAUCGUAGUUAAAAAAGUUCGACUUAACUCAAAUUCAGUAUGACGCUUUCUGUUACGUUAAGCAAAUCGGAUGUAUCCUAUUUAGAAAAAUGCUGUGAUUUCGCAUUUACUUAUGGAAUAAUUAUAUGCCAGAAAACAGAUCCUGAGAGCUUUUUAGUGGUCCAUCUAGCAAAGAACUGUGAAGAGGACGUGGAGUUUUUGCAAAAAACGAAUGGUAUGGAGCCGUUGCAAAGUGUUAACAACAUAAGUGAUAUAAGCAUACAAGCCCUAGCUACGCAGUGGAUUAGUGCAAGCAAAAUGUGCCCUGGAUCAUUUAGUGUGCAAGGCGUUUUUGUUACAAGUGACAAAGGAGUUCUUGAUGAUAAAAUAUUUACUGCUGCAAACAAUAUUUUACAUGAUUUGUGCAACCUUCUCCUUCAAGGAAAUAACUUUUGUACUUUAAUUGAUAAAGACAAUAUACCAAUCAUUUUCCUCGCAUAUUCCAUUGCUAGCAAAAAGGCAAUGUGUAGGGCUUAUACACAUGAUGUUAUGGGAGGUUCAUUUGCAUCAAUGAAUUGCUAUUUUUUGGAUAAACCUAUUGAUUGGUAUGCGUUUGAAUGUUGCUACGAACUGGACGACAUUUUUCCAAUUUUUGAUGACACACGUAAAAUUAACAUCGAGGAUCAAUUUCAACGUGCUAUAUCUUCAAUGAAGCAAAGCUUGUCCAAAUGUGAAAUUUUUAUAGAAAACGCGUUUGUGGAUGAUUCUUUAUCAUUGGAAGAAUUUGUGACUAUCAAUCGUAAAAACGAAGCUAAUGAAAACUAUAAGGCAACUUUAUUUCUACCUGUCAAGUGUCAUCAAGGUAGCGAAAACUUUAUUAAAGUAAGAAAAUUCAAAGGUACCAUUCGCCUUACUGGCGUUAUUUCUUCGCGAAUAUGGUGCACUAAAACCAAUGUUUUGGGCGAUGUUAAGCGAUUUUUGCGGAACGACAUAUUACGUUCAUUGGCGGCACGUAUCCAAGUUUACUGCGAUGGUUUGACCGAUCCUCAUGUUAGCAACGAUGUUAUUUUUAUAAGUGAACCCCCACGGCGCAUAUUUUUUAACAUAUUCGUCGAUGGAACAAUUAAUGCAAUACAAUUUUCAGAAUACAUAUUUCGAGGAGAAGCUCCAACUGUAGCUGUUGCGCAGGCUAAACAAGUUCUUGAUUUAGACGUCAGUUCAGAGAAUAUAGUGACAGACAUGGAGGGCUUACCUGACGAUGAAAUAUUUAGUGACAUGUCAUUAUCAAACUUACAGAAGACUUCUACCCAACAAAUUGGCAAUUCAACAAAAUACUUAACAAGAUCAAUUUAUAUUUUGAGUAUUUCAUUAACGCUUUUGAUUCUUUUGUUGUCUGUUUGGAUGCAUUACUUCUUUCAUUGACUGCAUUUGGAUAUGCACAUAUUUUAUUCUUUACAAAUAACCUUAAAUAAAUAGCAUUCAGAAAUCUAUUAA